CGGUUAGUGAGUAUGUUUAAAAAAUAAGCGCCCGGGCUAUUAAACGAGUAAAUACGGUAAUCAACGUUGAUAGUAAGUAAUGAAUGUCUUUUUCCAGUGGUCCAACAAUCCGACACGUGUGAAUUGUGUGGGUCGGCAAUCAAAUUGAAAUAAAAAUUCAGAUGAACGCAUUUAAUUAGACUCAAACACAAAAUGAUUUUAUUUCAAUUUCCGUUUUAUUUCACCUUUUCAGUUUGAUAAUUGUGAUAAUUUUAUUUUAUAUAAAAUUGUCAAUAUUUUCGAACGCAGAUUGGUCACGCAACAUCAGUUGCAAACGUCAACAAACACGUGAAGCGUGCAGCGUGUUGCCAAAUAGUAACCACAGACGCCACGUUUGCGGAGAGGGUUUCGCCAUCUUUUCUUCCUUCUUCCUUGCUCCUCUUCUGGCAGGCACUGGUAUAUAGGAAUAUUUUCAAUAACCGAAGAUAAGGUCACCACCAUGUCGUCUGUUCGACCCCAAAGUGCAGUAACGUCUCAAAAAGCUGUCCCACCUUUGAAUUUGACUGACCUUCCACAACAGACUGGAGUGAGGAGUCGAAGAUCAAGUACAAGACCGGCAACAGCAAGUCACACUGCAAGAUCAAGUUUGACUAGAGCAAGUUUUGCAGAAAGUACUGAUGAAACAACAUUACAUCGAAAUGCAGUUGCAUUUUUCGAUACAUAUCACAAAGAUGAUUUGAAAGAAGUCAUUGCUCAAACAACUGCAAGCUGGUUGCUAUCAUCUGAUUUUAGAGUGAAUACUCUACCACUGAAUGGAAUGAUGUCAAGUCUCAAGUUAUCACAAGAUCCCCAUGUUACCAUUUUACUUCCGAAAAAGAAGAAUAUUCCCAGUUUUGAAUACAGAGAAUUACAUCAGAUUAUCAGAGAUUUGACAGUUGGUAUAUUUGCUCUCAAUCAAAUGCCAUCUUUAUCAUUUGAACCAAAUUUUGAUUCAAGUACAAGUUGUCAGUUACCUCUUGCUUAUAAAAAUACAACAGUUGGCCAGAUUUUGAUUUCUCUCGACUACAAAAUGAAAAGUUUAUGGCAUGGUGCAACAGUUCCAGAUAAGAAGCGAUCCGCUUUGGCUGAAAGAUGGAGAUCAUUUGUUGAUAUGGAUAAAGCUACAGGACAAGUUAACAAGAAAAAUGCUUUUCAAGAAUUCACUGUGGCUGGACAAUAUUAUUUGAAUGAAGAUGAAAAAUAUGCUGGGAUCUACAAAGAACUCAACGAAGUUGAUCCGAAUGAGUUUGUAGCGAAAAGAGAAAAUGAAUUUUUUAACAGUUAUUCAGAAUUUUUCCGAUGUAUGAUGAAUUUCCACAUUGACUCAGUUCAAGCAGCUUCUGAAUCAAAUGUCCUUACCUUUCAAUCCAAUUUUGACAUCGAAUCACAAAUUCUUGCUCCAGAAGAAAAAAUUGAAUUCUCAUCUCAACAAAGAAUAAGAAGAAGAUUACGUCUUCAGAUGGAAGUAAUUCGCAAAAGUCUUGAACUUGAUCCAGAUACAUGUCGAUUGAUUGAACUUGUUAAACUGAUUUCAUUUUUAUCUCCAUUACUUGCUGCAAUGAGGAAAAGAAUGAUGAGAAUUCCUGACGUUGAUUCUAUGUUAUCUAGAGUUUCAAGUGAAGCAAUACAAACUGACAAUCAGAUUCCACCAUUUGCAUUUGGUGAUGAUAAAGGAAGACCUUGUCUUUCAUUUUCUGGACCUGGUGUUACUCAUACUCAUGGUGGCAUCAGUUUUGAUGUUGAGACAACAGAAAUUGAGAAAUUUGCAAAUGAAGAACUUUGUGACGAAAUCCAGAAUCAAGCAGCUGAACAUUUGCAUCAUAUAUUUGAAGAAGAACCAAAACGUCAACAAUAUAUCGUACCAACUUCUAAUCUUGACGACAAAGAAUAUUUCAUGUUACACAUUCCACUGACAACAUAUUAUUCUGCAUCACCUCCUCAACCUGGAUGGCUACAUUCCAUGUAUAAAGAACUUGCUGUUUUGAGACCAAAACGUCUUCCUAUGAGUGACCUUCAGAUAUUAGAACUGUUUAAACAGAUUUUUGGAUUCAAGAAAGCUUUUGCUAACAAGGGAGUGGAAGCUGGAUUAAAAAUGUGUUCUUGUCGUGGACUCGUUGCUCCAUUCAUUGCAUUGAUGAGAAAAGUUAACACAAAUGCUUUAUUUUCCCCAGACUUACAGGGAAUGACACUUGUUCAUUAUGCAGCGAUGUAUAAUCAUCCUGAAAUAUUGAGUUUAUUGCUAAAUCAGAGAUUGUCUGUUAAUGUACGUCGCACUGCUGUCCGUGUUAAAUCAGGAUUAUCACCAUUGCAUUAUGCUGCAAGAUCUGGAUCAACUGAAAGCUGUACAUUACUCCUUGCAUGUAAAGCUAAUGUCAUAUUAAGUGAUGAACAUGGAUGGUCCGCUGUUCACCAUGCUGCACAUUGUGGUCAUGUAUCCGUAUUAAGAGUUUUAUUAAGAAAGAAGCAAAGAUUACUUGAAUUACCUGCUACUGGGGGUGAUUGCUCAACUCCAUUUCUUCUCGCUGCAUCUGGUGGAUCUGUAAAUUGUGUUGAUUUUUUACUGAAAAUGGGAGCCAAACAUGACAUCACAGAUUCUACUGGAAACACUGCAGUACACAGAGCAACUUUAAAUUUCCACACUCCCGUACUUGAAUAUUUUAUUCGUCGAUUGAACCAAAAUCCACCAGUCAAAAGCCUCCCUGUUUGGGAUAUUGUUGUUGGAAUGUUAAAAUCCAGCUCAGUGAAAAGACAAGAUGCUGCUUUGAGAUGUCUGGAGAUGUUACUUCAUAGAACACCUGCGUAUUGGAGUGAUUUGUUAUCUGCAGGAGCUGUUUUACCUCUUGUUUCCCUACUGAACAGUGAUAAGAAAAUAAAAGCAUCAGACAACUUAAGUACUUCACAUUGUGAUUCAGUAGUUCCAAUACGAUCACUGGCUUGUUCAGUUAUUUGUUUGAUGUCUGAAAAUGAUAAAGUGAGAAGAGAAGUUACUUCUGCUGGUGCGAUAACAACUUUAAUUGAAUUAUUAUCACCAAAUGGAGAAAGUGCUGCAUCAGUGAUAUGUGAACUGCAAUCUCGUUCUUCCGUAGUUUUAUCUGAUCUUGCAUGUGUGGAUGAUAAUGCUGCAAAGAUUGCUAAACAUGGUGGCAUUCUUCCUCUUGUCAACUUAUUACAGCAUGAUGUUGUUGAUGUCUUAGUAAAUGCUGUCAAUACAAUUCGUUCAUUAUGCCAAGGUGAUAUAGAAGGAGAUAAUCAGAGACAAGUUGUAGAAUGUGGAGCUGUCCAACCCCUAGUUGAGUUACUUCAUGUCAGAGAAGAUGUUUUGUCAUCAGCAGUAGCAGCAGCAAUUGCUGAGAUUUGCAGAUAUAACAGAGAGAUCCAGGAUAUCUUUCUUGAUGCUGACGUUUUGCGGCCUCUUGUUGCAAUGUUGAGAAGAAGAAAUUUCAAUUCUAAAGUUCAGGCUGCAAAAGCUGUUGAGUCAAUAAGUUAUGAUAAUGAAGAUGCGCAACAAUUGGCUGAACAACAGGAAGUACCAGAAGCAUUGUGUACUAUGUUUCAGGCUAUGGCAGAACCAGUGAAGGAACGAGGUGCCUGUGCCAUAUGGGCAUUAGCAGGAGAACAUCCUGAACAACAACGCAGGAUUGCUGGACAAAUUGGACUCAGGCAAAUGAAAGAUAUGUUGAGUAGUAAAUCUGAUGCUUUGCAACUAGUUGGUUGUCAAGCUAUUGCUGCUACAGCAUAUAUGAGCAGUUCUGGACAGCGUGAAUUAUCAGAAUAUGAUGAUAUGAUUUCUAAUUUAAUAAGGUUAUUGAGACUCAAUAUAACAAAACGACCUGUUGUUACUGCAGUUAUUCACGCUAUCAGUAACUUAUGUGUUGGAGUUGCUCACCAAAACAACAAAUAUGUUCAACAGAUACUAUCUGAAUAUGGAGCGAUCGAGUUACUUGCUCAAAGGGUGUGGGAAUGCACUCAUGAUGAGUGUCUGCAGGUUGAAUUGUUACAUUGUCUUGCUUGUUCUGUUGUUGGUUGUCCUGAGAAUGAAGAACAGCUAAAUCAACUGGAUACUUUUGGUCUUGAAAUAAUUCUGGAACUUUUGAAUUCAUUCAAUCAACGAGUGAGGCAGCGUGCAGCAAUGUCUCUUGCAAUUUUUGCAUUCAAUCGACCUUUACAACAGAAAAAGAUAUUGAAGUUAGGAGGUCUCACCAUUUUAACAUUUGAAGAUCUUCUGUCAUCUCAUGAUCAUGAAACUAAAGCGGAGGCAGCAUUUCAGAUGGUGAUACUUGCGAAAGUUAUUGUUGAUUCAACGUUGGUUGAAGUAUCAGCUCAAGGAAUUCUUAUUCUUGUUGAAUUGCUCAACAGUAAUAAUAAAAGAGUAUUGAUGGUGACAGCUCAGUGCAUAACAAGUUUAUCACAUACUCGUGCCGGAGUAUCAGAUGCAUUAGUAACAUCAGGAGUUGUUCCAAAGUUGUUGAAAAUAUUGUUGUCAGAUAGUGAUGUAGUUCGAUUGGCAUCUGCACAAGCACUUGGAUACCUGUCAUUCAAUCGCGUUGCAAGUCGUGAGUUGAUCUCAGCGUGUCGUAGCAGAGAAGGCUUGUAUGAAGCUAUUGUCAAUAAUCUUGGCGAAGAUGGUAAAAUAAGUGAAGAAUUUGAGGCAGAAUAUAAAAGACAAUGUGCUGUUGGUCUCCCUAUUACAAAGAAAAGACCUCCUUCUGCAUCAGCACCUCGGAGGCCGAUGUCUUCAAUGUUUUGUGGCGAUGAUAGAAAAAACAAAGGGCGUUCCAGACGAGAUAAAAGUAGAAUGAAAAGAAGCCAGCGCAUUGGAAUAUCUCUAAGAUCAAGAUCACUUUCUCCUGCUGUACUUGUUACAGAAUCUCCAAGAUGAUAAAACUAUUUGCAGUCCAUUUUAUUCGUCCGGAGUCGAAAGACCAUAUUUUACUUAUACAGUUGGGUGGUGGGUGGAUAUUUCAUAGAAAAUUGCUGCAUAUAGUUUUUUACUGGACUUAAUUUGCCUACACCAUAUUAAAUGGGUCCUAGAUUAUUGUGCUGUGCGUAUAUUUUUUAUUAUUUUGUUAAAAAGCAGUUAUAUCCAACGUAACGGUAGACUCGCAUCUUCUCAUUCAAAAUAUUUCAAGUCUGAUAUAUUCCGUCCUAUUCAUUUCCCUGCACAGUUAUGUUGACGUCCAUUAUACCUGAAGCAAAAAAUAGAAAUUGCUCUUCAAGAAUUAUACAAUAUCAUUCCAUCCUUCAUGUUACUUUUGUGCGAUCAUGUACUUUUCCACUGUUAUUUUAUUACUUUUUAUAUCGUGUUUCUAAGCCUUCUGUAUAUAUAUUGAAUACAUCACUGAUUUUUGUACUGUACCUACGGUCUCUAUGAAAUAGAUAGUAUUUUAUAGUAAUUUGCUCGAAAUUUUGACUGCAUCAUUUUUUUACUGCUAUGCAUUUUCCCGUUACAUUAUGAUUAUGUUGCUGUGAUUGCAUUUUACCUACGUUGUUUUUAAUUGUUGCUGUUUUCACUUGUUUUGACUGAAUCACUGUAUAGAAUUGACAUGUACGGCUACAUGCUGGAAUUUAAAGUUACAAUAAUAUAAAUAUACAUACUGUAUAUAUCAUAAUUGGUUUAUACAUUUUAUACAGGACAAACAAAGAGUUCUCCACAUAUACACUGGUUUACAGAAUAAUACUAUUUUAUGCUUUUGUAAUCAACUGACAUACAUUAUUUAUAAUAUCGUAUGCGACCAUGUCUUUUGGUCUUGAUUUCCUUGUUAGGGAAUAAUACAUGCAAAGGAGCAGUUUGCACUUUCAUGUGAAUUGCUCCGAGGUUUUCAUAUACCAUAUGAAUUUCCUGUUCCUAGUUUUUGGAAGUUUUUGCACUGGCCCCUGUAAAUAAAUCUGUAUUGGCCGCAUGGGACAUUUACUAUGACACAUGCUAGCAACAACACACUAAACUGAAGAGUGCUAGAGUAAUAAUAUAGACAACGCAACGCAUAGAUAUGAACGCGCGCAACUAAUUAUAAUUAAGAGACGUCGAAUAAUUACCGUUUAUUAUCGACAGAAGAGGACUUCUAUUUUCAGCGAGGUAC